AGAAUUUCUUCGGAUAUCCUUACUGAUGCUCCAGUGUGUAAGAACAUCACUAUAUCUGAUUGUACAUCAAAACCUAUAUCCUCUAAGAAAAAAGAUACAGGGCGGGAAGCUAAAAUUUAUAUAGAACUAAUAAGAGGUGAUAUGCCAUAUAAAUGUGAUGGAACUGGAAAGGCAUUCAACCACUCACAGAACUUACAGAGUCACACGAGGACACAUACAAGUGAAAAACCUUAUAAAUGUGAUUCGUGUGGGAAGGCAUUUAACCAGUCAGGUAACUUACAGAAACACAUGAGGACACAUACAGGUGAAAAGCCUUAUAAAUGUGAUGUGUGUGGGAAGGCAUUCAACCAGUUAAAUAACUUACAGAGUCACAUGAGGACACACACAGGUGAAAAGCCUUAUAAAUGUGAUUUGUGUGGGAAGGCAUUCAAUGACUUCAGUAACUUACAGACACACAUAAGGACACAUACAGGUGAAAAGCCUUUUAAAUGUGAUGUGUGUGGGAAGGCAUUCAACACCUUACAGAACUUACAGAAUCACAUGAGGACACAUACAGGUGAAAAGCCUCAUGAAUGCGAUGUGUGUCGAAAGGCAUUCAACCAAUCAGCUCACUUACAGACACACAUGAGGACACAUACAGGUGAAAAGCCUUAUAAAUGUGAUGUGUGUGGAAAGGCAUUCAACCGCUUAGGUAACUUACAGAUACACAUGAGGACACAUACAGGUGAAAAGCCUUAUAAAUGUGAUGUGUGUGGAAAAGCCUUCAGCCACUCAAGUCACUUACAGAAGCACAUGAGGACACAUACAGGUGAAAAGCCUUAUAAAUGUGAUGUGUGUUGGAAGGCAUUCAGCGACUCAAGUACCUUUCAGAAGCACAUGAGGACACAUACAGGUGAAAAGCCUUAUGAAUGUGAUUUGUGUGGGAAGGCAUUUAACCAAUCAGGUAACUUACAGAUACACAUGAGGACACAUACAGGUGAAAAGGCUUAUAAAUGUGAUGUGUGUGGAAAGGCAUUCAGCCACUCAAGUCACUUACAGAAUCACAUGAGGACACAUACAGGUGAAAAGCCUUAUAAAUGUGAUGUGUGUGGGAAGGCAUUCAACCAGUCAGGUGACUUACAGAGACACAGGAGGACACAUACAGGUGAAAAGGCUUAUAAAUGUGAUGUGUAUGGAAAGGCAUUCAGCCACUCAAGUCACUUACAGAAGCACAUGAGGACACAUACAGGUGAAAGGGCUUAUAAAUGUGAUGUGUGUGGGAAGGCAUUCAACCAGUCAGGUGACUUACAGAGACACAGGAGGACACAUAGUCUUAAAUUUAAUGUCAGUGGGAUGUAAUAUGUUUGUCAGUAUUUAGAUAUAUAUAAUUAUUGCAGAGAUGCAUGAGGAUAUACAGUGACAACAGUUCAAAUGUAUGCAUGCAUGUGCUUAUUAGUGAUGACAAUGAAAUACAUUUCUUACAGAGACGUGUUAUAAUCGUGCAAGUUUCAGUAGGUCAUAAAGUUAAUGAAAUUUACAGGUCUUUAGCUUAUUUCAAAACCAAAUGAAUGCAUGUCAUAAGAAAUAAAAUGUUAAGUAUUCAUCAGAGCUUAAUUACUUAUACAUUUUGAAGGUGUUUGAAAAUUUGUAUGUAUAUGUAUUACAAAGAAAAGUCUUGUUUUUCUUGGAAAUGAUAGCACUCACAGUAAUAUUAAUAAUACUAAGGUGAGAAUAGACACUAUAUAUUGACAACAUGGACAAGAUCAUGUUUAUGCAACUGUUAGGAUUUGAUAAAGAAUAAAAUAUACUUGUAGUUUUUAAAGUAA